UGUGAAUCCAUCAAUGUACGUACAGUGAACUCGCCUUGUUUUUUUGAUAAGUUGCUCAUUUUAUCCAAUAAUUUCGUAAAAGCGUUCAUUGUUAAUGUGGUAACGUGUUAAAAUACAUAAAAUUUACUAAUUUCGGUCGGCACGCUACCGUAUCGCCCACUGUGUCAGGUGGCUGAUUUCACCAUUGCGAUGAUAAGUACCUAAAGAUUGAUUGGACUUCAGUGUUGACUCCAAAUAUAAGUGCCAGCACCAUGGACGACGACGGUGAUGAUAAGGAUGAUACAAAAAGGAGGACUCGCAACUUGAGUGAGAAGAAGCGGAGAGACCAAUUCAAUAUGCUGGUUAAUGAGCUCAGUGCUAUGGUCUCAACAAACAACAGGAAGAUGGAUAAAUCAACAGUCCUCAAGUCUACUAUAUCAUUUUUGAAGAACCAUAAUGAAAUAACUGUCCGAUCAAGAGCUCACGAUGUUCAAGAAGAUUGGAAACCAGCAUUCUUGUCAAAUGAAGAGUUUACAUAUUUAGUAUUGGAGGCAUUGGAGGGCUUUGUAAUGGUUUUCUCAGCUACUGGUCAAAUUUACUAUGUAUCUGAAAGCAUCACAUCAUUACUGGGCCACAACCCAGCCGAUGUCGUGAACAAAAGCAUAUUUGAUCUGGCUUGUGAAGAUGAUCGGCCCAGCUUGUACAAUUUGUUACAAAAUCCUGGAAGUGCAACUGACCCAAUGCAUGCUGUUGGUAAAGAAAACGAAAUCCGCUUCCAGUGUCAUCUAAAAAGAGGAUCUUUGGAUUUUAGAGAUGAAACCACUUACGAACUUAUACAAUUCAAUGGUCACUUCCGAACAAAUAUGGAGCCACUCGAUAGUGAUGAUAUGCCGAGUUACAAUCCGGACCAUGAGUCAAGGUUACUCUUCGUUUGCACGGGCCGGUUGUACACUCCUCAACUGAUCCGUGAUGUGUCACUGGUAGACUCCAGUCGCAGCGAGUUCACUUCGCGACACAGUCUUGAAUGGAAAUUCCUGUUUCUGGACCACCGUGCACCGCCUAUCAUUGGAUAUUUACCAUUCGAAGUACUUGGCACCUCGGGCUACGAUUAUUAUCACUUUGAUGACUUAGAAAAAGUAGUCACAUGUCAUGAAGCUUUGAUGCAAAAAGGUGAAUUAACGUCGUGCUACUACAGGUUCUUAACAAAAGGGCAGCAGUGGAUUUGGCUUCAAACUCGCUUUUAUAUCACGUACCACCAAUGGAACUCAAAACCAGAGUUUGUAGUUUGCACUCAUCGAGUCGUAAGUUACGCGGAUAUUGCGAAGAGCAUGAAACAAGAGGGUGCGGAAGCUGAUACAGUGAGUGAGGCUGAAGUAAACCGAGGAGUGAUGAAGGAAGCCCCGUCUGAUGACGCCAUGGUUUCCAUGUCACCAUCAUACAUGUCCGAAGCGAGCGAUGCUUUCGGUACCUCCUCCUACCAACCCUUGUCUCAAGUCAGUCCGGCCUCCGUUAAGUCGGCAUCGGCUGGCAGCACGACUGGAACUGUUGCUACCGCUGGUACAGCAGCGACUGCGGGCGCGUCGUGGACCCGGGCUUCUCACGUCCACUUCACUGGCUCGGACACAGGAUCCUUGUCCGGCGAGUCCCGCUCUUCGCAAAGAAAUUCCAUGCGCGAGAACUAUACAUUCCUGCAGACGCAUAAGAGCACGGAAGCAGCCCCGGCUCCACAGCAUGGCAUAGGUGCGCAGUACUUAGAUCCCGCGCCGUACGUGAGCGCGGUGGGAGUGCCCGGGGUGCUGCCGCUGUCCAUUCCACCGCUGCCAGUCAUCGUGUCUCCCGACCAAGCGCAGAUGCAGGAGCAGUUGCAACGAAAACACGAGGAGUUGCAGCAAAUGAUAGUCAGGCAACAGGAAGAGCUGCGGCAGGUAAAGGAACAAUUGUUGCUGGCCAGGCUUGGGAUUCUCCAGCCCCUUAUAAACGUGCAAGGCCCAUACGUGAACCCAGAAGACAUGCAACAGAACCAGCGUUUACCGGCACAAAUAGUUUACGAGGCAGGCACGCCGCGGGCGGCCAUCACCGGCUACCCGCAGCAGCACCCGCCGCAUGCCGGCGGACACCACCCGCACAUGCCGCAGUGAGCCGCUCCGACCGAAUUUACCACAGAUCCUUGUUAUUAUUUUUAAUUUAGUUCAAACGCGUACCAUACGUACACUUGCCAAUUUGUUUAUUUGUAGGAAAAGCGCAGCUUCGGUCUAUUAAUUUAUUAUUCAUUACGUGUGUUCCAAACAGACGCGGUGCAAUAUCUCGUCGCUUAUACCAAAUUAUGAAUUAUUAUUUACAGGUGUGUACAAUCUAUUAUACAAGAGCCGGUUCGUUUUAUGUUUACUUUUACUUUGUUAUUGUAAAAAAACACAAGCUCUAUGCUCAGGCGCAUGGUACGUUUCAACGAAGCAUGUUCAUUGAUAAAUAUGUAUAUAUUUUACAGUUUCUUGUUUAAUUGUUUCUUGUGUUAAAAGGCUGUGCAAUAUCUAACAAACUAAAUAUUUAACUUGUAAUAGAAAAUGUAGAAGAUUGAAGUUAAGUAAUUAUUUUAAAUACUUUAGUAGGCACUUAAUUCAGUACAUAUUGUUUGAAACCUUUUUGUUAUGCGGUAAUUUUGUAGACGAAUACUUACGUGUUGUAAAGAUUGGCUGCCUUGAGGGCACAUUUUAUUAUAUCGUCUUAUUUGGACUUCGCUAUUUUAUCCUUUCUCGUUGUUAAGACAAAUCUGCACCUAUACUGCAAGCUCACUUGCAUCUUCCAAGUCCAAAAGAAGUCCCGAGUCUUCUAUUCUUUGUAUCAUGUUUAAGGGUGUAAUUCCUUGUAGGUCCAUAAUGUACAGUUUUCUGAUGAUUUUAUAAAUAUGAAUACUGUUGUAUUGUAGUUUUUAUCAGAACCAAGAAACCAAAGUGUUACUAUGUUUUAGUAUCCACACAAUAUUUGUUUCGAUAUCUGCAACGUGCCAUUUGCCGUGAUUUGUUUCAGACGUUUCACAGAAAGAACAUGUUUUGUAAAAUAUAAUUUUACACAUAUUUUGAUCUCGUUACUGAAUUUAGUGGCUAGGUAAUUAUUUACGUUACGUUGUUUCUGAGAUAGUCGCGUUCACGACCUAUGAAACAUCAAUUAAUGGUUUAUUUCUUUUAUUGACAAAUCUUUUUUGAACGUUUUUUGUAAAUAUUAUAUACUUUGUUAGACAAAUUUUAUUAAUUGGCUUAGUCGAUUAUUCGCAUUAUAUAGUUUUGUUACAUUUUAUAGAAAAAUAUUUUAUUUUACGCACUUGCGUUUUAGAAUUGUUGUUGUUAUUUUUCUUAGUUCAUUAUGUUUGAACUUCAUAAUAUAUUCUGUAACCUAUACAUAAUAUUGAGACUGCAUUGAAAUCAUUGCGUCUCUUUUUACUAAAAACAAUUUAUAAAAUUAUUAUAGUUAAAUUAUUUUGUUCGACGGACUAUUUAGCAAGUGUAUUAAUUUUCCAAAUUAUGAAUCACAAGAUGUGAUGUCGAUUCUAAAUUAAUCGAGUGGCCAGUUAGGCGGUCGUGGGAUUCGUACAAAGUUGAGGAAACUAUCGAGCUCCUCAUGCCGAACGCGGUGCGAUGAUGAGAAGCGGGCACUAGCCGAGCACGGGCGGGCCCGCGUCUCAUGCUGGGGCUAAAUAUUUAUAUAUCAGGGAGGAAAGUAGUUAUUGUGACUCGUUCAAACUUGUUGCUAUUUGAGUGACAACGUCGGUUGUGCAAAUGACUAUAUAUUAUACUAUAAGAAUAAAAAACGAGCAUGCAGCGUGCACACAUGCGCUUCUUUUUUACUCUUAUUGCUCGGAUGCAAUUUUACUAACUUUUCUAUAAUAAUCGUUUAUUCUUAGACCGUGCACUGUAGUUCGGUAUGCGGAACUCUUUUUAUGUCAUGCAGAUACAUUAAAUGACUAUAAUGUAUGUACAGAUACUUUAGUAUUAGUUAGUAAUUGUAAGUAUAUGUCAGUAGAGUAACUUUGGGUGUAUGUUUCUUAAUACAAAUAAUUACAAAAGCGGCGAAAGACAAGAAUUUGAUAAAAUCAAGUUAAGUAAAAUGUGGGAUUGGUGAAAUGAAAUAACAAUUGCAAUUUCAAUUUAAUAAUGUUUGAAUCUUCGUUAAAAAUUAUUACUAUCACGUUUCGAUUCACUAAAAACUUCCCAUACUUGUAGCUAGUUUUUGUAAUUGCUUGUACUACCGUAAUUAUUAAAUAUUGAUAUGGCAGUCUUAGUUCCCGUGAUUGUACCAUUGAUGUACGUCUUGUACGUACAGACAUUACGUUCUUGUUUAAGUUUCCAUUAAAUUUUAUAUAUUUUAUAUUGGUUAAUAUUUUAGUUAGGUACGGAAUGUUGGUAAGUUAGCAUACAAUUAUGUUUGUUGGCCCUAACGCCAUUGGAAAAUGUUUAGUCAGACAAAUUCAUUAUUUCUACCAUUUAUUUAUAUAGUAUAUACACUUGAAUCUUGUUUAAUCAUUGUUUAUAAUGGGAAUUUAUAGAAAAUUGGCUUUAGUCAGUUAUGUAAUGUUUUAUUUGUUAAUUAUUUUAUUUUGACUGAAAUUAUAAAAUAUAUGUAUUGUGUCAUCUUUCAAAGUUUAUUUAUAGAAGCAUUUUGCUUAUGUUCCGGUUUUUAUAAAUGUUUAAAUAUUUAAGAAAUAUUUUGAAAGAAGUAAUUUACCCAUCGCAACAAAAUUAUAAUAAAAUUUAUAGACAUGUGUUAAGAAUAGCAUAAAUAUAGAAUGCAGGAAGAAAACCUAGGUAUAUGUUAAAAUUAAAAAUCAAAAUUGUAUGAAAUAUUUAAAGGGAUUGUUGAAGUGUAUGUUGGGGAAGAGAAGGCAAGAAGCAAGAUAUAUUUUAUUUCGUUCCGCGUUCUUAGUUAAUAGCACAUUAUGUCAAAGUUAUUGUUGUUUUGUUGUAUCAGUUAGUGUAACAGAUGGUAAUCUUGUCGCUGCAGGCCCCGGGUGAAUGACCCCGGCCCAAAGCUAUGUGAUACUGUUUUCUAUAACAUGUAUAUGGAUAUGUGUCAUACAUCGUGCGGUCUAAUCAUCUUAAUCACGUAAUUAUUGAAUAAGUGGAUGUAGUGAAAAGAUAACAAGUUGUUCUUAAGUAUAACAAGUAAACCUUAACUUCGUACAUAUCCAUGUAUGCACUUAUAUUUGAAUUUAUGUUUCACUUAAUCAGUGUACACAUUGUUCAUUUACGAGAGUGAUUCUUCGGGAAAUAUUUCAUUCAAUUUUUGUCGUAUUGUGUUCACUAUUCUAUUGAGUUAUAAGCUGCAAUUUAACUUCUAGACUGCAAAACCAGUUCACAACAUUCGGUGUGAAAUUAUAGAAGCCGUAACCAUUGUUUUAAUAUCAAUUUGAUAUACAGAUAGCAGUUUUCGGAAGGAUCGCUCGUAACAUUAAUGUUUGAUAUUAUUUCUCAUUAGUAUGUAAAAUAUACGUUAGUGUAUAUAUUUUUGUACCAACAAAUAUAAUCGUCCGCAUGUAUAGGACAAGUCAUAUCGUAUACAUGCGAAUGAUUGAGGGAAAUGCGGUGUUGUGAUGCUAAAACUUCUAAUAGUAACAGACUUAUAAAACAGGUAAAAACUAAGACUACAGGUAAAUAUCUGUGUAAAGAUAUUUUCGAACAUAAAGUUUAUAGAGAAA